UGUAGAACCACUACCGAGGUGCAGGUCAGUCUCACCUUCUUCCUCUCUGUGCCAGCAUCUCUCACCUGAUUCCCUACACCUAGUCCACUGCUUGGCCUAAAGAAGCGUUUCAUUAGUGACACAUCUAGCUCAGUGUUCAGCUAUGUAAGAUCUGUUAUGAUCUGUGAUAUUUAGCAGUGGACAGUGACACACAAAGUAAUGGUUAAUGGAAGAAAAAUAACGAUUAUAUUCUUAUGAGACAACUGUCUCUCUCUAUGCUUGUGUACGUGUGCAUUCUUUAUUACAGGACUCCAGUCAGAUUGGUCUGCUGAAGGAACUCCUGGACCUGCAGAAAGACAUGGUGGUGAUGCUGUUGUCUCUACUGGAAGGCAACGUGGUGAACGGCACAAUCGCCCGCCAGAUGGUGGACAUGCUAGUGGAGUCCUCCAGUAACGUGGAGAUGAUCCUCAAGUUCUUCGACAUGUUCCUCAAGCUGAAGGACAUCACCGGGUCCGACGCCUUCCGAGACUACGUGACCGACCCCCGUGGCCUCAUCUCCAAGAAGGACUUCUACAAGGCCAUGGACAGCCAGAAGCAGUACUCUCCGUCUGAGAUCCAGUUCCUUCUGUCUUGUUCCGAGGCCGACGAGAACGAGAUGAUCAACUUUGAGGAGUUUGCCGACCGUUUCCAGGAGCCGGCCAAGGACAUCGGCUUCAACAUCGCCGUACUGCUCACCAACCUGUCUGAGCACGUACCCCACGAUACGCGACUACAGAACUUUCUUGAGCAAGCCGAGAGCGUCCUCAACUACUURAGACCCUUCCUUGGCCGGAUAGAGAUCAUGGGAGCCAGCAGGAAGAUCGAGAGGAUCUAUUUUGAGAUCAGCGAGGCCAACAGGAARCAGUGGGAGAUGCCGCAGGUCAGAGAGUCCAAGAGACAGUUCAUCUUCGACGUGGUCAACGAGGGCGGGGAGAGCGAGAAGAUGGAGUUGUUUGUCAACUUCUGCGAGGACACCAUCUUUGAGAUGAACAUCGCCUCACAGAUUUCUGAGGAGGAGGAAGAGGAGGUGGUAGACUCAGAGGAUGAAGAGGAAGAAGGAGGAGGAGGAGGAGAGUUGGACGAAAAUGGAGAAGAGAUGCCUCCCGAGUCGAGCUCGGCGUUCUCUGACUUCCUGACAAGCGUGGUGAACUUCUUCAACAUGUUCACCUUCAAGAARCUGCGGCGGCGCUACCGCAAGCUUAGAAAGAUGACUCUGAAGGAUAUGGUGGUGGGCUUGGCCACGUUCAUCUACACCAUCCUGUUUGGUAUCCUGUCUUUCAUCUACAGUGUGUGUAAGGGCUUCUUCAUGCUGAUCUGGAGCACCCUGUUUGGAGGGGAACUGGUAGAGGGUGCCAAGAAGAUCACGGUGACCGAGCUCUUGGCCAGCAUGCCGGACCCAACGCAAGAUGAGGUGCAUGACGAACUGCCACCUGAGCCAGGUGCCGAUGAGGGUCAGGAAGGGAUAGACGGAGGAGAGGAAAGAGAGGUGGGAGGAGGAGAGGAAGGAGAGGAGGGAGGGGAUGGUGAGGAGAAGGAGGGAGGACGGAUGCCUGGGUUCGACACCCCUGGUGGGCUGGGAGACUUUGGGGAGACCACAACUGUAGAGCCCCCCACUCCAGAGGGAACCCCACUGCUCAAGAGGAAACUGCUGGAAGCAACGUCCGGAGGAGAGGGGGAAGAAAGAGAAGAGACAGAACCAGAGGAAGAGACACCCCAGAGGAGGAGAAGGCUGAGUGAGCUUCUCUUUAUUGCUUUAAUUAUCGCGCUUUACUCACUGACUCACUGA